AAGGUCUAUUUAGCCACACCAACCAAUAUUAUAUUGAACUCCCAACACGAGUUACUAGAAGGUAUAAUUGUUUGUGCUUGGGAGACAAGUUUCAUAGGCCCAUAGAAAUUCGAUGCUCGACCCGGAGCGGAGAACACGUGCACUUUAAUAUAUCUGAUUAUUAUUCGCUUCAAUUUCACGCGGCCUCAUAUAUUUAUAUUUUUAUUUCAUAAUUAGCAAAAAUAUUACUUAUUUAUUCAAUAACCAAUUAUUAAAUACAUAUAAUGCUAUGCCUAGGAAACUGCGUAUAAAAAGUUUUAUUUGUAUGGGCCGGCAAGCCUCAAUUUUGGAAUAUAAAAAUAUAUCGGGUCUAACCCGACCCGGUCCAUAAGAGAAGGAAAAUAAGGUUUCUUUGGGAAAAAGAAAGAAAUAUAGGCCCCAAAUAGCAAAAUCGAGAAAAUAAAGAGAACCACGUUUACUGCAUAUGUAUUUAAUUAGAGUUUUUUGUUCAGUUGUCUUCUCACUUUCCUCUGUUCAAAGGUGUGCCGAGAACCUAGAAAAAUACCACAACUCUUCUUAAUUUCGAGUGUUCUCACAGGAAAAUUAAAGCGAAGAAUUAUGCAUUCAAAUCACUUGUUGCUGGAGGAGCCAAUCCGCAUGGCCACAAUUCUGGAGCCAUCGAAAGGGAGUUUCUUCCCUGCGAUGACGAAGAUCGUCGGAACACUCGGCCCACGCUCUCGAUCCGUCGACGCUAUUUCCGCUUGCCUUAAAGCUGGAAUGUCCGUUGCACGAAUUGAUUUUUCAUGGGGUGAUGGGGAUUAUCACCAGGAGACUGUGAAUAAUUUGAAGACUGCUAUUAAGAGCAGCAGGAAACUCUGUUCUGUUAUGCUAGACACCGUGGGCGCUGAAUUACAAGUUGUUAAUAAAAGUGAGAAAGCUAUAACCCUUAAGGAAGAUGACAAGGUUAUUCUAGUACCUGAUCAAGGUCAAGAGGCAUCAUCUGAUGUUUUACCGAUCAACUUUGCUGGACUCGCUAAGGCUGUGAAGAAGGGAGAUACCAUUUUUCUUGGUCAAUACCUAUUUACUGGAAGUGAAACCACAUCCGUUUGGCUAGAGGUAGACGAAGUACAAGGUGAUGGCGUGGUUUGCAUAAUCAAGAAUUCUGCAACCUUGGCUGGAGCAUUGUUUACCUUGCAUGCUUCUCAAGUUCAUAUCGAUCUGCCGACUCUAUCUGACAAGGACAAGCAGGUUAUCAGCUCAUGGGGGGUUCAGAAUAAGAUUGACUUCCUAUCUUUGUCUUAUACACGUCAUGCUGAGGAUGUUCGUGAGGCCCGUGAGUAUCUAUCCAAGCUCGGUGAUCUAAGUCAGACUCAAAUCUUUGCUAAAAUCGAGAACGUAGAGGGUUUGACCCAUUUCGAUGAGAUCCUAGAGGAGGCAGAUGGCAUCAUCCUCUCCCGUGGAAACCUUGGCAUAGAUCUCCCACCUGAGAAGGUGUUCUUGUUUCAGAAGUCUGCUGUUUACAAAUGUAAUAUGGCUGGAAAGCCAGCAGUUGUAACUCGUGUUGUUGAUAGCAUGACUGACAAUCUCAGACCCACUCGUGCCGAGGCAACUGAUAUUGCUAAUGCUGUUUUGGAUGGAUGUGAUGCAAUUCUUCUUGGUGCUGAGACUUUACGUGGAUUGUACCCUGUUGAAACUAUUUCUACAGUCGGCAGAAUUUGUUCAGAGGCAGAGAAGGUUUUCGAUCAAGAUCAAUACUUUAAGAGGACUGUAAAAUUUGUUGGCGAACCCAUGACUCACUUGGAAGCUAUUGCUUCUUCUGCGGUCCGUGCAGCCAUUAAAGUGAAGGCAUCCGUCAUUAUAUGCUUUACAUCAUCUGGAAGAGCUGCAAGAUUAAUAGCAAAGUACAGACCAACAAUGCCUGUUUUAUCUGUUGUCAUCCCUCGCCUGAAGACAAAUCAGUUGAAGUGGAGCUUCAGUGGUGCUUUUGAGGCAAGGCAAUCACUUGUAGUACGUGGUCUUUUCCCCUUGCUCGCUGAUCCCAGGCAUCCAGCUGAGUCUACAAAUGCAACUAAUGAGUCAGUUCUGAAGGUUGCACUGAAUCAUGGAAAAGCUUCGGGAGUGAUCAAAUCUCAUGAUCGAGUAGUUGUCUGCCAGAAAGUUGGAGAUGCAUCUGUCGUGAAGAUUAUUGAACUCGAAGAUUAAACAAAUUCCGACACUAAUAUAGUUUCUUGUUUUUUUUUUUUUUUUUUUUUUUUUAAUUUAUUUUUUUGUUCUAGUGUGACUGGACACUGGUAAUAGGCAUUACCCUCAAUUUUUGUCGCUGGUUUUAGAUUUAGGUAAAAUCUAUAUUUAUUUUGGGUAUAAUCUGCAAGAACAUUGCUAUCUUUGCAAAUUUUGUUACCAACGGUGGAUAUUGCAUAGAUUUUUAAAGGUAUUUAGAACCAUUAAGUUACUGUGUUUGCUUUCUUUAUAGCAAAAGGAUUAUAUUUAUCUUAAUAACAUUUCGUAUAUUUUUUUAUUUUA